CUCCGUCCUUCCUCUGACAGCCUACCUGCGUACCUAUCAGGGGUAUUAGUAGGCUCUUUUCAACCUCUGCAAGUUGUGUUUUACAUAUAGUUGCCAAUGGCAGCUAGGAUGGUCGAUGAGGUCAGAAUUACCUCUGAUCCUGAUGCGGGUGGUUCGGGAAUCCACGCUUCCUCGGUUUCCCUUCGACUCCACGCUCGCUAGGCCCCCAAUUUCUCUCUUUGCAACUGUCUUUUCUUCCAGUAAUUUCCGAAUGGCCGAUCGAGCCAGCCCACAGCGAGGCUAUUUCGCGGUCCCAAACUCAUCUUCAGCCUUGCUCUCUCCAUCGUCGCCAAAUACUCCCCACUCUCCAUUUCGGUCAACACCAAGCGAAUCAGCUCAUUCCAUAAACCGCCCGUCAUCGCUAACCACGUCUCUCUCCGAAAAGUAUCAUCUUACUGCUGACCCAACCGAAUGGGGUGCCGACAUAACUCGACCAGAACCUGACGAUGCUCUACAUGACCCUCGACGCGACGACAAGUCGCAUAAUGUUUUUACCCAACGUGGGCUGUGGAAUGUUGGCUGUAUCGCUGUUUUAGCUGUCCUUCUUGUUGCUCUCUUUCUGGGAUACCCUGUAACUUAUCACUUCACGCACAACGACUCAGCCACUACGACCUCUGCGCUCGUCAAUGCUUCCGGUCAAGUCGCGAGCAUAGGCAACUUCGGUCUCAUCGACCUCAACACUCCGAAGGAAUUCUACAAGAUCGCUUCGUAUUAUGACCCAUCGAAAGAGAUGCAGCUCGUUUUCAGCGACGAGUUCGAGGAAGAAGGUCGCACAUUUUACCCAGGCGAUGACCCGUAUUGGGAGGCUGUGGAUAUGCACUACUGGUCCACUGGUGAUCUUGAAUGGUAUGAUCCCGCGGCUAUUACCACGCGCGGAGGUGCGCUGGAAAUCAACCUCACACACUUCGAUGACAUCAGUCUCAACCAUAACCUCGAAUAUCGUAGCGGAAUGAUGUCUACUUGGAACAAGUUCUGCUUUACUGGUGGCUUAAUUCUUGCCAACGUUAUGCUGCCCGGGACAACAAACGUCUUCGGACUUUGGCCGGCGAUCUGGACUAUGGGCAAUCUAGGUCGAGCAGGAUAUGGAGCGACACUGGAGGGUAUGUGGCCCUAUAGCUACGACGCAUGCGAUGCCGGCACGAUGCCAAAUCAAACCCUGAAUGGCGGCCCACCGGCGGCGCUCAACACGGGGAAGGAUGGUACUGAAUUAUCAUUCCUUCCCGGUCAACGGCUUUCUCGAUGUGUCUGCCCUGGCGAGUCUCAUCCAGGUCCCGUGCAUGAAGAUGGGACGUACGUUGGCAGAUCAGCUCCGGAAAUCGACGUGUUUGAGGCACAAAUUGGUGGUCCCGAUGGUGCGCAUGUAGGGCAAGUUAGUCAAUCUGCCCAAUGGGCGCCUUUCAACGCAGGAUAUAUUUGGGACAACUCUAGCGCGAAUGUUCAGAUCCCAGAUUUAACCGUGUCGUCUCAAAACACCUACUCAGGGUCCAUAUAUCAGCAGGCGACCUCGGUGUUGACCACCACGAAUCAGAAUUGUUAUCAACUCAAGAAGCAAUGCUACGCUGUUCAAGGCUUCGAGUACAUUCCUGGAUAUGAUCAAGCAUAUGUCACUUGGAUAUCGGACAAUAAGGUUUCUUGGACAAUGAGAGCAGCAGCAGCUGGUGCGGACACUGCGGCAGAGAUCUCUGCUCGUCCUAUCACCCAGGAGCCACUGUACAUCCUGGUUAAUCUAGGCUUUUCUCAUUCGUUCUCGUGGAUCGACUUCGACAAGCUCAUUUUCCCUGCAACAAUGCGCGUCGACUGGAUUCGGGUUUACCAACCCCAAGACAAGAUCAACAUCGGUUGCGAUCCUGCAGAAAGACCCACCGCUGCGUAUAUAAACACGUACCUGGAGGCGUACACGAACCCCAAUCUAACCACGUGGCAUGACGAUUAUAAACAGCCGAACUCUGUAUUUGUCCUGAAUUGUUGUCUUGUCAUCAUCAUUUGUUUGGAAAGGCAACAGUUGAUCAUGAUGUCGGUUGGCACUCUCUCCUCCUCUACUACUAUGCCUUACCCAUUCGCACUCACCGAUCGUCCUUCGGGCGACUGGAAAGACCAAUUCGACAACCGAGCAAUCGAGAUGUCCGUUUCGCACAACAUGUUCAUUCGUGGAAUCAAUGCCAUCUACGCGCAAGCAGAACGGGUAACCAAAGCUCAAGUUAAGUCUUUUGCGUUCUUCUGUAUUUCCUUUAUUGAAAUGGUCCACCACCACCACCAUAUUGAGGAAACUUUGUUGUUCCCCUUCUUCGAGACCAAGUUUGGAGAGGGCUCGUUGCAGCAGAAUGUCCAGCAACACACUACGUUCAUGGGCGGUUUGCAAGAUCUGCAAACAUAUUUUAAGGCCGUCCAUGAUGGAUCGGAGGCAUAUAAUGGCGUGACUGUCAUCGAGAAGCUGAAUAGCUUCAGUGACGAACUCGUCCGUCACUUGGUGGAUGAAAUCCCAACCCUCGAGUCCUCCAAGAUGCGGGCAGCCUUCACUGAGAAGGAACUAACUGAUCUCGAUGCCGCUCUUGGUAAACGUAUUCUGGCAGAGGUAUCCCUCGUCACGUCGCUGCCUGUCGCACUUGUUUGUCACGAAAAGUCCUCCGCGCCUUACUUUCCCCCAUUGCCAACCCCCAUCCUGUGGGUGGCCAAAUAUGGCUUGUAUCGACUGCACAGUGACGCUUGGGCCUUCGGUCCCUGUGAUGUUCAUGGCAUACUUAAACCUGGUUUUGGUAACGACGCGUAG